UACAAGAAUACGCAAACUCAUCACACAACCUUGGAGCAAAACAAACAAUUACAUUUGUAAAACCCACCUGUUUUCAAGUAGUUCUCUACUUAUUUACUCCCAUAGUUGCAAAAAAUUCAUAAAAUGGCUCGUGAUAUUGUAACCAGGACCGGCGCCGUUGGUGGUCUAGUUAAGGCCGCCAGUUUGUCUAGCCGUGCCUAUGUCACUUUCUUGGCGGGCAACGGAGACUAUGUGAAAGGAGUCGUAGGCUUGGCCAAGGGAUUGAGGAAAGUGAACACUGCGUACCCACUUGUGGUGGCUGUUCUGCCGGACGUUCCGGAGGAGCACCGCCAGAUAUUGAUCAAACAGGGUUGCAUAGUGCGGGAAAUUGAACCGGUUUAUCCUCCGGAAAAUCAAACACAGUUUGCCAUGGCUUAUUAUGUCAUCAACUACUCAAAGCUUCGGAUUUGGGAGUUUGUGGAGUACAGCAAGAUGAUAUACUUGGAUGGAGACAUACAGGUUUUUGACAACAUAGAUCACCUCUUUGAUUUGCCAAAUGAGUAUUUCUAUGCUGUGAUGGACUGUUUUUGUGAGAAGACAUGGAGUCACACCCCACAAUUCAAGAUUGGGUAUUGCCAACAGUGCCCAGAUAAGGUCCAUUGGCCUCAAGAAUUGGGUCCUAGGCCUCCUCUCUAUUUCAAUGCUGGGAUGUUUGUCUUUGAACCAAGUCUCCCCACCUACCAUGAUCUCUUGCACAAACUCAAAAUUACUACUCCAACUUCAUUUGCUGAGCAGGAUUUCUUGAACAUGUUCUUCAAAGAUAUUUACAAGCCAAUUCCCAAUAAUUACAACUUGGUUUUGGCAAUGCUGUGGCGCCAUCCCGAGAAUGUGAAGCUCGAUGAAGUUAAGGUGGUCCACUACUGUGCUGCAGGCUCCAAACCUUGGAGGUAUACUGGAGAAGAAGAAAACAUGGACAGAGAAGACAUCAAGAUGCUAGUGAAUAAGUGGCGGGACAUUUAUAACGACGAGACAUUGAAUUACAACAGGGGUCCCGGUCGUAGUGCUAAAUCGAUACCGGCGCUGCUUACGGAGGCUGGUGUUGUUCAUUAUAUCCCCGCUCCUUCGGCUGCUUAGUUUGGUCCUUUUGGUUGCUUAAUUCGGUUUUGAAUCUCGAAGGCUACUCUGAGUAGUUGGAUUAGUUCAGUUUUACAUGAAGCUGGUCCAUUUCUUUCUUAAUUCUUUUUUAUUUCAGGGAACGAGUUUAUAAAGUUCUCCUUCACGCAGCUUUAAUUGUUGCUUUUUAAAAUUUGUAAACAUUUUAAGAAUGUAUAGUAUGAUCUUUGUAAAUAUUACUCGAUGUUGUAAAGUGUUCAUGGUAUGGCAAAUAUUUUCUUCACCAUAA